CCUGUGUUACCUGAAUGUUCUGUGUUAUUAUAGAAACUUUCCCACACAGCUCACAUAUAAUUCACGAAGACAAGGAUCCUGCCGAGGCCUGAGGAGCGGCGAGGAGGGCGUGUCGAGGCGUGGCGGCCCUGCACAACGCCAACGUGGACGGACACCGCUUGUAGUUCUCCAAAAGGUGACAGGGAGGGUAGCAUUGACAGCAGCAGUAGCAGCAGCAUGGCCACCCAACAACUCAUGCGGCAGAUACAGUCCACAGGGAUGUGGUCAAAAGUGUUCCCAGCCGAGCAGAACACAUUGCAGGAGUCAGAGGUGUUUGUCAAGAAGCUGCUUAUCGUGGGGCUGUCUUCUAUCACAUACCUGCGGACCAUCUUCCCUGAGAGCUCCUACCAUGAACAGCAUCUGGAUGGCUUGAAGCUGAAAGUACUUAGAGACAACACUAACUGCCGCACCUCCAACACGAUGGUGUCCUGGAUGAGAGGCUGCUGUGAAGCCAUUGAGAAGAGAUAUCUUCGACAGUUGAUCUUUGCUAUACUGAACAAGGAUAACCUCCAAGAGGCUCAUGAGACCUACACCUACAAGUUCCGCUACACUGAUGCAGGCACUGUUAUUAGUGGCCCGGGAACUCCUGACAGCGCCAUGCUGUCCAACGAAACACGGCAGGCAACCGAGAAGAUGCUGCGCACCAUUAUUCUCCUGACACAGACCAUGGGACCCCUGCCCAAGAGCAUCUGUCUGUCCAUAAAGCUUGGCUAUUAUGAUGAUGUGACUCCUAAGGACUACGAACCACCCAGUUUUGGCCCAUCUGAAGAUAAACCAUUCACAUUUAGAUCUAAACCUGUAACCAUUAAGGUGGGUAGUGCUUCAACAAAGUUCCAUGCCAUGAAGCUGUAUGUGUGUGUGGAGAAGAACUCCUACCCCACGGGAGAAAAUUCACCCAUUGAGGACCAGAUUGAAGAAGAACAACAGCAAGAGUUGUGGAAGGGGACAGGGACUGGCAAGGAGAGCAAUACUGUGGUUCGUUCGUUCAGCAAAUAUGCGGGUCAUCUACGCCCUACCUUCUCUGCUUCAGCAUCCUCCAAUGCUGUCAGUGUCCCAAGACUGCCUCACAAUGAUUCACAGAAGGAUGAUCAUCAAGUGCCAACACAGAGCCAUGUUUCUAAUGCCACAGACUCUCCACAAAAUGGUGAAGCUUUCACCACCCUGAAAGAAGUUGUGGAGGAUGAGGAGGAAAGGAUGCAGUCGUCCAACACAGACAGUGCGGGCAGUGAAAGCUUCCCAGUGCGCUGCCCUUGUGGAGUCUCCUGUGAUCAUGGCCUGAUGAUUCUGUGUGAUAUUUGUCAAAAGUGGCAGCAUGGAGCCUGUUUCAAUGUGUUGGAGGACAGUGAGGUGAAGACCAGCCAUGUCUGCGAGGAGUGUGCCAGUCCUGGCCACCCCUGCACUGACCCCACCCUUCCCCAGCAGCCAGAGUUGAUGAGCUACUGUUUGUUCCGUCGAGCGCUGGUGUUACUUAAACAGAUAAAGAGCCAUGUGACGGCAGCCUCCCUUGCUCAGCAAUUGGGUGUGGACAUCACCAUGGGUAAUCAUCUCUGGAAGCAACUCAAGAAGCAGAAGAUUGUGUAUGUUAAGAAUAAAAUAAAUCGUGUCAAUUACACCAAGCUGUUGUGUGACGCCUUCCCCAAGUACCUGAAGGGACAUGGGAAACCAAGGAGCCAAGAGGUAGUGGACCUUACCUCACAGACUCAACAAACUUCAGAGUCACUUGGUGAUUUUGAUCCUGAUGAAACCCCAGAUCUUGAUGUUGCAUCCCUUCAAGAGUCUGUUGCAGUUCUAAAAAGUCAAGAAGGAAGAGAGUCAUUAAACAACACACUGGAUGACACACUGGACAUCAUGAGUAUCACUCAGGAUAUUACUGUUGGGACACAAGCUGUGAAGUUGUCAUCAGAACCCUGUCCUCAACUCUCACAGAGUGACACAUAUUCAGAGGCCCUGGCCACUGCUGGCAACACAUUUCAUUUGCUGGACUCACCACCAGAAUCUUCGCAGAAAGCUCAGAAUCACUAUUCUGCCAGCAUGCCGCUUCACUCAGGCAUGGAUGUGGAGGAAGGAUCAGCAGAACUUCUGGGAAGCCAAGAGUCUUCAGAAACUCAGCAAGCUCAGAAGCAAAAGAUGAGCUUAGGGAUGCAACCCAAGCGAGGCAGAGGCAGACCACAAAAACGAGCCACCCGCAGGACCAUGAAACUGAGUGACUUUGAGAUCAGCUUAUCUCAAGAGUCAGACCUUCAAUCAAAGAAUAGCAUAUCUCAGGAUUCUGAAGUUUUUGGGAAGAAAAGGAGAACUCAUCUGUAGUUUAUCUUGAAAAGCUUUUGUUCAAAAUAUGGAAAAUAUGACUACAUGAUUCAAGUUAAUCUGUUCAAGUACAAGAAAGGAUACACUUUUGUGUUAAACUCACACCAGAUCAGAAAAUUAAUGGUCUUUAAUCAUGGGAAAUUACAUAAUAUUGAGUUUCUGUAAGUACAAAUUAAGGCAAAAUAUUAAAUCCUAUGUAUUUUCCCAAAACACAGGUUAGUUUAGGUGUCUUAUUUUAUGUUGUAGCUAUGUUGAAGUAUUUCUCAUCAUAAUUACCUCUUACAUUACUCUUCAGUUAUCAGGAUUUUUUUCAUUUUGUUAUUCUCAAACAUAACAAAAUAUUGUUGGAAGAGAUAAUAUCUGUUUUUUAAUAGUAUGUGUUUUUAUUUUUGUACGGUGCUAUCUGGAAUCCUCAAUUGUGUUGUGAAGGAAAUUGAAAGACAAGUUUUUCUUUUGGGGGGUUAAGAUGAUCCUCACAUUCUGCUUCUUCGACAUUAUGUGACUCAUUAAAGUCACUGGCCUGCACCACUAAUUGGGGUGACCAUCAGGACCCAUCAAGAAAGUCUACAGGUGCUACAGGCUGAAUUAAAAAAUAUAUAUUUAUUAUGUUUCAGGCAUCCCCAACCUUGUGCUUACACGCACAACAAAACUCACUCAUUGUUGUUUGCCUGACUUUUCACACGAAUUUGCUUUUGAGUAGCAAAAACUCAAGAUUUUGAAUGUUUACCAUUGACCAACCAAAAAUAUGGAAUUAGAAUGUUUAAAAUUGCGUAUUGAUUCAACACGUGGAUCUUUGAUUGGAAGAAUUCUAGAUUCAGUUUAUUCCAGAUUUAGCAAAAAUUAUUAAUUCAUUACACUUUCAUUUAAAUGCUACAUAUUACCAUUUUUGCUCCUAGAAUAAUCUUGCUAAUAUGAGAUGCUCACCAACUUAAGUAAGCUGAAUAUAGGUGAUGCCCCUGUAAGUACCUCUUAUGGCUUUUUGUCACCAUAACCAUCACCACACUCCUGGAUGUGUUGGUAUUGUAGCUGAUACAGGUGAAAUGGUACACUUAUAUAGAUGUCAUUCAGGAAGUAUGUCUUUCACAAACAUUUGCAGCUGAGAGCAAAACUGAGGCUUGCAUGUGUGCUGUAGAUGUCCUUACCCUAGAAGUGAAGUUGAAGGGCAAUAAUCUUUUCUCUACAAUUACUACAAAUUCAUUUAUUAUAAGAGUGAAUGAUAACUUUUAAAUGUUUUGAUACUAUAUUUUGGUUUCAUUCUAUGUUUAUAGUAAUGGGUGAGUAUUUAUUUUCAAGACAUGUACCAAAAACUUAGAAUGGAGCUUUUUGUUCUCAGUCAGUCUGGUGACUCAUCCCCACCCUACAGUUACAGCAAAGUAAACUGUAAAAGUCUCAUGUUUGAAGUUAAAUUUUGUCAAUAUAUUGUUGAGUUUUAAUAAGUAUACAAAACUUACUUUAAUUGCAUGCAAGCUUGAAGAACAUUGCAAGGUUUUGUUGAGGUCUAGGUGUCGCUAAGGGUGUGAGUGGAGCAGUGUAAAGAGGAAUGAAUUAUAAUGGCUAUUGUAACGAAAUUCAGUGUGGAGCUUAUUUUCAGUCCAGAUCCAGUGACAUAUCCCUAUCCCUGCAUAUGAGAGUAAGUUAUAUAAUUGUCGUGUAAAUUAAGCUUAAAGGCCAUCUGUUGUUCACUCUCAACUUUGCCAUUUUCUUUGUGCCGUUAUCUUCUUGUGCCAUUUCAUUCAGAACCCCUGUUAUAAGUGGAUAAGGAUUCCCAAAAAAGCUUAAGCAACUGUCAUUGCAUCUUUAACUUUAUAUAUGGCCACUGCAUGCUUCAUUCACACCCUCAUAUAGACUGUUUUACACUUAUUAAUCUUUGUUCAUCUCGAUCCAUGAAGCAUUCAGGCACAACAUAGCUUUCAUAAAUACUAGCAUGUUUGAUUUCUCCCCUUCUUGCACCACGUUCUGUCCUCUGGUAGUGCACAGUGUUUUGUAAGUUCUGGGUUUUUUAUUUACUCAUUUCUUGUUUCUUUGUUUUUAUGAUGGAGACAGAAUUUUUUAUUAUUUUAUUUUAUUACUAUGCAUGACUUCCUAUCUCGGUUUCCUUGCACCACAUUCAAUCCUCGGGUAGUGUACAGGGUUGAUUUGUUAGGUCUUGGUUUUAUUUAUUUAUGCAUUUACUUUUUUUGUGAUGGAAGCAGAAUUAAGGUUUUUUUUUUAUUAUUUGCGCCGAUAUUGCCCAAACAUACAUAUAGCUAGGAGCAUAUCCUCGAUCUCUUCAUUUCCUUGCCCUCUAGAAUAUUCGAUAAUGUAUUUAAGAUAUGUCGUAGUGAACCAUAUCGCGUGGUAUUACAAUUCCCCGUUUUAAAUUUACAGUAUAUCCAUUUAGAAUUACUAUCACUUGAACUUGGUGCCAGUAAGCUGUCCAUUAUAUAACAUUCUUCAUCCGUCUCCCUUGUUAUUUUCUGUUAACCUGGUAGAAAACGGCCUCCUUCGUACUUAUACCCGAUAACUCUUGUAAUUCUUAGCGUUAGCCCGAAGCCGUAUUCAAUAAAUAAACAAUUCAGCCCCUAAGCACAUAUAUUUGUAAAGGCUCACGAACGUCAUUGGAGGGUUCAUGGGUAGUUUCCUGAUCUUUGUAUUUGAUGGCUUUUUUCAUCAUGAACGGGGGAAGAAACGAAAAUGCCUUAUCUCUGGCCUUGGAAAGGGAAAAAUUCGUAGUGACCCCCAAGCACCAGAGAAUACGGACCUUAACCUCUACUUUUCCGUGAUAGGGCGACAUAAUGGGCGCUGACACACACACACACACACACACACACACGUACACAUAUCCAUAUACGCUCCACAGGACAAUGACCAAAACACGUACGUGGAAGCUGUCUUUUUCAUUAAUUGCACCAAAGGACAUGUAAUGGUAGCUAGACCAUCAUUAUUGUUUUAGUUUAGUGUAAGGAAAUUGUGUAAAAGUAAAUAGCAAGAGGAAACUUCAGCUACUUUUUUUCGAGAUCUGUUGAUAAGGAAAAUAUAACUGGAAAUGUUAAUAAAUAUUGAAAAGGGUUAAUACAUGAAAAAAAGUAAAUAUAUGAAGAACACAAUCACUAUCAAGUAUUCCUUGGAAACAUAUCGAUACAUGCCGUAUUUAAAGAAACAAAUUCCCUCUUCCCAUAAGCCCGGAUAGCUCAGUCGGUAGAGCAUUAGGCUUUUAACCUAAGGGUCCAGGGUUCGAGUCCCUGUUCGGGCGGAUGUUUUACGCCUUGUCUGAUCGAUUGCGGCAGGGCGUGGGCGGCGGCGGGAUUACCGGCGACGCUGCCGGGAGCACGGCGGCGGGGUGGCGAUGUGUAAAAUCUAAGUUUUCAUGUCAUGCGUAGAACUGAUAGCAAGUGGAGGCCCCGGGGAGGUGGGGGGACGAAAUUAGAGCCAUUGUAGGGGUGACUCUGGUAUAAGAUAGAAAGAGGUGGAAGGCGUGAGAACCCCUUGUCUUGCGGUGGGCUUAAAAUGAAUGAUGAUGCGC